AUGAAGUCGUUUUACACUUUGGCUCUCCUCAUCGCGGCCACCGUGGUCUCUGCCUCUCCCGUUCCUGUUGGCGAAUCCAAGCUGCUUGUCAGAGCCGACGCCGAAGCAUUGCCCAGAUUCAUUUUCUAUGUUGUUCCUUCAGCCACAACUGAGGACUAA